CUUCACUGUCAUGUAUUUAUCUGACAUGUUUUUCCAUCAACUGUGAUAACAAGACAACGCUGUCCAUACUUCUUACCGACUGAGCAUUGAACUUACCGCGGGGUCGAUGUCCAAAGACAACCGCCAUGAUGGACGACGGCGUGGCGCUGGGCAGCACCGCCUCGGCCCCAGAGUUAGCCAAGGUGGGGACGGGAGGGAAAGGUCUGGUAGCAACAGCUCAGGCUCCUCUCAUGGAGGAGGCAAAAACAAGAAUGCAUCCAUAACCGCUUUGAAGGCCUCUUUUCAGCGCUCCAACAGCCAUGACAAAGUGAGGAAGAUAGUUGCUGAAGAGGGCCGUGCUGCUCGAAACCUCAUUGCCUGGAGUGUACCUCUAGAGAACAAAGAGGAGGAAGUAAAGGCCAAAACCAACUGCAGUGUCAGUUCCAGGGCCCAGAGGAUCAAUUCUGGUCCACAAAGGAAUAAGAAACAGAAUGCUGCUGUGGAAAGUAAAGGCCCAGCCGGUGCCUUGUUGGACAAAGGGGCAGAGAAGAGCCCCACCAAAGCCAGACUGCCCCGCAAGGUCGACCUGCGAGCACGCUACUGGGCUUUCCUCUUCGACAACCUGCGUCGAGCUGUGGAUGAGAUUUAUGUCACCUGUGAAUCUGAUCAGAGCGUUGUAGAAUGCAGGGAGGUGUUGAUGAUGUUGGACAACUACGUACGAGAUUUCAAGGCUCUCAUAGACUGGAUCCAGCUUCAGGAGAAACUGGAGAAAACAGAUGCCCAGAACAGGCCCACGUCGUUAGCCUGGGAGGUACGUAAGAUGUCUCCAGGACGUCAUGUGAUGCCAAGCCCGUCAGCGGACAGAAUGGUUCCUUCUCCAGGGGCACGUCGCAACCUCAACUUUGGUGGUCCACCAGCUACACUGGCUGCAUCCCGGCUGUCUCACACAGGCCCCAGCUGGGCAGACCGAGUAAAGUGCACGCAGUCCGUCCCAACCUCCAGUCAACAGACUACCUCCUCGGUAGAAAAACUGGGUAAAAAGGAUGCUGAGGGCUGGGAGACCGUCCAGCGCGGACGUACUGCCAAACCUCGCUCUGCCGCAAUAGUUGCCAAGGUCAGUCCUGUCUUGGCUCAUGUCACCCCAAAACAGGAGAGCGUUAAGUGCAACCAGUCACAUCUGCCGCCUCAGCAGGAGGAGCAAGAACUCCGUCCUCAGUGUCCCCCAGAAAAGGAUGCGAUCAAGGUGGACACUGAGAAGCAAGUCCCUGCCGAGCCUGACCCCCCGGAGAAGGUUGAACGUCCAGAGAAUGAACACAUGAUGGAGCCCCCAGCAGAGAGUAUACAAGACUCGGGGCAGUGUGUCGACGCACCCUGUGAAGACGCGCCUCCCCCCAUAGCAGCUCUUACCCCAUCCCAAGCCCCAGAGCCCACCUUGUCCUCGGCCACAGUUCCACCAACAGACAUUACCUUAUCAGUCCCAGUCCCUGCUCUGGCCCUCUCCGCAUCCCCAGACCUUCCCCAGACGGAUGAGCUUGGUGCACUGUUGGCCUUGGGGGACAGUGGGGCUGAGGGGGGCGCGUCGCAGGGCAUGGCCACAUCUGCUCCAGGACAGGCUGAGACUCCCCCCCAGUCCAUGGCAGAGGUCCUUGCCAAGAAAGAGGAGCUUGCAGAACGACUAGAGAAGGCCAACGAGGAGGCGAUUGCCAGUGCCAUCGCUGAGGAAGAGCAGCUGACCAGAGAGAUUCAGGCCGAGAAUAACGACCUGGAGACUGACAACGAAAGUGACUUCUCUACUAGCAUUGGCAACGGCGGUUGUGGAGUCAAUAUCGAUUGGAGUGACGUGCUGGCAGAUUAUGACGCUCGUGAGCCAUGGCGUACCUCAUGGGGGGACAUGGUAGAGGAAGAACCUGCUCGGCCUCCUGGACAUGGGAUCCAUAUGCACGAGAAAUUGUCCUCUCCGUCACGCAAAAGAACCAUUGCAGAGUCAAAGAAGAAACAUGAGGAGAAACAGCUGAAGGCGCAGCAGCUGAGGGACAAACUCCGUGAGGAAAAGACACUCAAACUGCAGAAGCUCUUGGAGAGGGAGAAAGAGGUGAGGAAAUGGAAGGAGGGGUUGUUGGAGCAGCGUCGGAAGAUGAUGGAGGAAAGGCUGUUACAUGCAGAGUUUAAGCGAGAGCUGCAGCUCCAAGCGAUCGUGAAGAAAGCCCAAGAAGAAGAGGCCAAGGUGAAUGAAAUCGCAUUUAUCAACACUCUGGAAGCCCAGAACAAGAGGCAUGAUGCCCUGGCCAAGUUAAAUGAGUAUGAGCAACGCCUUAACGAGCUGCAGGAGGAUAGACAGAGGAGACAGGAGGAGAAGCAGGCCAGAGACGAGGCUGUGCAGGAGCGUAAACGGGUACUGGAGGCUGAGCGGCAGGCACGGGUGGAGGAGCUGCUGAUGCGGAGGAAAGAGCAAGAGGCUCGUAUUGAACAGCAGAGGCACGAAAAAGAGAAAGCUAGAGAAGAUGCAGCACGAGAAAGGGCCAGAGACCGAGAGGAGCGUCUAGCUGCUCUUAGUGCUGCUCAACAGGAGGCCAUGGAGGAACUGCAGAAGAAAAUUCAGAUGAAGCAUGAUGAAAGCAGCCGUAGGCACAUGGAGCAAAUCGAGCAGAGGAAGGAGAAGGCGGCUGAGCUCAGUAGUGGUCGACAUGCUAACACAGACUACGCCCCCAAACUGACACCAUACGAGCGCAAGAAACAGUGCUCCCUGUGCAGCGUUGUGAUCACCUCAGAGGUGCACCUGUUCAGCCACACCAAGGGCAAGAGGCACCAACAGGCCGUGCGAGACAGUAGCAGCAUCCAGGGACGGGAACUCUCUGAUGAGGAAGUGGAGCAUCUAUCCUUGAAGAAAUACAUUGUGGAUAUUGUGACGGACAGCUCUGUGUCCUCUGAGAGCAUGAAGGAUGGAGAAGAGCGGCAGAAGGCACGGAAGAAGGCAAAGAAGCUUCGCGCUAGGAUGAACUCCAGGGCCAAGGAAUAUGAGACAUCAAUGGAGGCAAAGACACAGGUCCCUGACUCCCCAUACAAAGCUAAGUUGCAGCGCCUGGUGAAGGACCUGUUGAAGCAGCUGCAGGGCCAAGACAGCGGCCAGUGGGCCAACAACAAAGUGUCUGGUCUGGACAGAACUCUGGGAGAGAUCUCUCGCAUCUUGGAGAAACAGAACAAUGCAGACCAAGUGGCCUUCCAAGUGGGCGGCGGCCUGUCGGCUCUGGAGCAAAUUCUGCAGGUCGUCACUGCUGCUUCCACACCCACUGCAGUUCCUCGUAUUCCUCUCAAAUCCCUCUGUGCUGCUGUAAAUACCUACUACCUGGCAUGUUAUUGCUGCCCCCUCAACUGCUCCUAUGUGCUGUUUAGCAACAAGAUAGCACUCCUCAUGGACCUGCUGCUGCAUCAGCUAACACUGUAUGUCCCAGAUGAGGACAAAUCCAUUUUUGGGCGCAGUGUGAACAAACAGGUCUUUGAAGGUUUGACAACAGGCCUGCUGCAGACCAUUGCUACCAUCCUUGGGUCCCUGUGGCCACAUAUCUCUGAGUCUGGGCAAGGCGAAAAGACAUGGAUUUCCUCCCCAGAUACAAAGGUCAAGAGCUCUGCCACAGAGUCCUUCAACACUCGCACACAAGACCUAAUCAGCUAUGUAGUAAACAUGGGUUUGAUUGACAAGCUAUACGGGUGCUUCUUGUCAGUCCAAGGUCCUGUAGACGAGCACCCCAAGAUGUCUGCUUUCCUCCAGCAAGCCUCAGCUCUGCUGCACAGCAUGUGCAAGCUGUGUUUUGUCGUUACAGGACGUGCUCCUAGUAUAUUUGACAAUAAACGCCAGGACCCCACUGGAUUGACGGCCCUGCUGCAGUCCACAGACCUGGUGGGAGUGGUGCACACUCUGUAUUGUAUCCUGCUGCACAGUUUUGCACCAGAGUCUGCUUCCCAAAGUCAGGAACCUUACGGCCCUGGGGUCAUCCAGGUGGCUUCCCAAGGCAUCCGCUUCCUCAACAGUUUUGCCCUGCUUGACCUAUCCGCCUUCCAGACUGUUCUAGGAGCUGAGGGCCUGUCUCUAGCUUUCCGACACAUUGUCAGCUCCCUGCUAUGGUACUGUACCCAGCAUUCCUCUGAAGAGCUGCUGCACAAAGUCAUCAUCUGUGUGGGAUACUUUACCGUUAACCACCCAGACAACCAGGUGAUAGUGCAGUCUGGCCGCCAGCCCAGCGUGCUGCAGAAACUGUGUCAGCUGCCCUUCCAGUAUUUCAGCCACCCGCGCCUCAUCAGAGUGCUCUUCCCCUCCCUCAUCUCGGCCAGCUACAACAACUCCCAGAACAAGGUCAUCCUGCAGCAGGAGAUGAGCUGCGUGCUGCUGGCUACAUUCAUCCAGGACUGUGCUGCAAAUGAGAAAGAUUCAGACAACAAAACAAAGCAAGCAGUUUCCCAGCCACUGGAUUACUGCGAGUUGUCUAACCGCUUUCCAAGAGAUCAGUGGGACUCAGCGCUGCAGUUUUUUCUCAAGAAACAGGAAGAGUGAUGGAGUUGCACAGUGUCCUGAAUGGAUAAGCACAGUAUAAACACUGCAAAAGAGAGUGGAGUUGUUUUUGGAUGUGUUUGUCUUUUUGUUUGUCUUUUUUUCCUGACUUAAAGUCUGCACAAGAGUUAAUAUGAUCUUCAGACUUUGUCAAAUUUAAAGAUUGUGAAGCCUUAUCCGGUUUUUGUGCAUCUGUUUUGAUUUCUUGGAAAUCUGAUUGAUGUUUGAGGAAUUUGCACAAAAUGUCUUUUGUUUGUACAUUGCAGUUACUUAGAACACAUGCACAACUAUUCCAUUUGAUGUCUAAACAAGCCAUUUGUUUCUCUUUGUGUUUCUGUUGUAGAUAGAAAUGGAUCCAUUUUCAGUGCAGUGACUAUCUAAACCUGAAACAUUUACUGAUACUGUAAUAUUGAAUUUGCCAAGCAUUUUCAUUAAUACUGUUUAUGUUAAUUUAUUGUAUUUGUCUCAUUUUUCAAUGUGAAUGAAUGUUUUCUUUAGUCUACAGAAUGCCAGUCACGAGUAAUAUGACCUGCCUUGAUUGCAAAUGUGUUAAGAGUUAUAUUUUUCAAGUUCACGUCAUUUUCUUUUCUUUUCUCUCUCUCUGUUAAGAGACACUUACAAAUUAAUAUAAUUUAUUGAGUUAUUUGCCUUUAUCAUAUAAAAUAAAAUACUGAUGGUAAUGUA